GCGGCUAGCGCUCGGGAGACUUGCGGCUGCGACUCCCCCAGCGCCCAGCGCCGCCCGCAGCCCGCCCGCCACCCCCGCUGCACGGGACCGCGGGCGCGGCAGCCACCGACGGGAUCGCCGACGGCCCCGGUGCAGCCCCCGCCCCAGGGGUUUCCGCGCGGGGGUCGCUCCGGGGCUCCUGCCCUCCGCCGUCGGGGCGACCGGGCGGCCGGGCGGCUUUGGGGUGAGCGCCCCCCGCCGCCAUGCCCGCGCGUCCCGGGCCGCUGUGGCUGCUGGGCCUGGCGCUGUGCGCACUGAGCGCCGGCGGCCCCGGCCCGCGCCCCCCGCCCGGCCUCCCGCCCCGCCGCCUGGGCGCCCGCGAGCGGCGCGACGUGCAGCGCGAGAUCCUGGCGGUGCUCGGGCUGCCCGGCCGGCCCCGGCCCCGGCCCCGCGCGCCCCCCGCCGCCGCCCGGCUGCCCGCGUCCGCGCCGCUCUUCAUGCUGGACCUCUACCACGCCAUGGCCGGCGACGACGACGACGACGCGGCCCGCGAGCGGCGCCUGGGCCGCGCCGACCUGGUCAUGAGCUUCGUCAACAUGGUGGAGCGUGACUGCACACUGGGGCUCCCGGAGCCGCACUGGAAGGAGUUCCUCUUUGACCUGACCCAGAUCCCGGCAGGGGAGGCAGUCACAGCUGCCCAGUUCCGCAUCUACAAGCUGCCCAGCAGCUGCCCACUCAACCAGACCCUCCACAUCAGCGUGUUCGAGGUGGUCAGGGAGCUCACCAACAGGGAGUCUGACUUGUUGUUUUUGGAUCUUCAGACGCUCCAAGCUGGGGACGAGGGCUGGCUGGUGUUGGAUGUGACAGCAGCCAGUGACCGAUGGUUGCUGAACCGUAAUCAGGACCUGGGACUCCGCCUCUAUGUGGAAACAGAGGAUGGGCGCAGCGUGGAUCCUGGCCUGGCUGGUCUGCUGGGGCAGCGGGCACCGCGCUCCAAACAGCCUUUCAUGGUCACCUUUUUCAGGGCCAGCCCCAGCCCUGCCCGAGCCCCCCGGGCCGUGAGGCCCCUGAAGAGGAGGCUCCAGAAAAAAACCAACGAGCUGCCGCAGCAGAACAAGCUCCCAGGAAUCUUUGCUGCUGUCCAGGGCACCGAGGGCCAGCAGGUGUGCCGUCGGCAUGAGCUCUACGUCAGCUUCCGGGACCUUGGCUGGCUGGACUGGGUCAUCGCCCCCCAGGGCUACUCGGCCUACUACUGUGAGGGGGAGUGCUCCUUCCCGCUGGGCUCCUGCAUGAACGCCACCAACCACGCCAUCCUGCAGUCCCUGGUGCAUCUGAUGAAGCCAGACGCCGUCCCCAAGGCGUGCUGUGCCCCCACCAAGCUGAGCGCCACUUCUGUGCUCUACUACGACAGCAGCAACAACGUCAUCCUGCGCAAACACCGCAACAUGGUGGUCAAGGCCUGCGGCUGCCACUGAGGCCUCUAGCCCGCUGCAGCGCCUCCCACAGCACCAGGCUGCUUUCCAGAGAUGGGCUUCCAGUGCUGUCAGAUCAUCAGGGGGCCCGGCCUGGUCUUCCGGCUAGCAACCAAUCAUCUCCAGGCCUCUCUACAACCUCCCCUGCUUGAGGUUUCUGACAGACUUAUAUCCAUUAUUCCUGGUGUUGAGUUACCAAGUAAGAUCUAUUCCGUCUCCUUCUAAAAGGUACUGACCAGCUUUUGGGGAAUAGCACAACAGUCCUGUCUGAGCACCUGUCCACACAAGCCCAUUGCUGGCUCAGGUUGUGUGCAGAUAUGGGAUGGCCUGUGAACCACCUGGAACCCAAGAUUGGUUACUGGAGUUCCUCACUCUCCAUUACAGAUCUCCCAGCACAGGACCUAGUCCAUCCCGGUUACCUGUUUACCUAGGUGCAAAACUGGGUUUCUGCUGGCAGUUAGUUAAAGGAGCAUGGCCUUGCACUUGACUGUCAUGGAUCUGAAUCACCAGCUGCUGGCCAUAUUAGGUAUGUGUAUUAAAUCAAGAGCUGAAUGAACAUGAUUUAGGACUGAGGCCAACUGCAUUUUCCUUCCUGUCUUCCUGCCUUGAUCUGCUUCCUGUCUGAAGAAGACAGUAUGUGUACAUUUGGGGCCUUUGGAGAAACAAAACAAACAAACAAAAAAAUGAUGGGGGGCUUCACUGACUUAAUUAUCUGUCACCAGGUGCUAGGCACUGAGGAAAAGUUAAAUCUUUUUUGUUUUUGGUUGCAGGGGCUUGACUGCUCCAGGUCAACUACUUCAGUGACAGGGGGGUCUCGAGAGGGAGAGGGAGGGAGAGAGGGAGAGAGAUGACAGCACUAAAGCUUCCUUCUGCACCAUAGAACUCCCAUGUGGUGGAACAGGAACUUGAACCUGGGUCACACACAUGAGCCUUCCAAUUGAGCUGAGUGGCACAGCAUGACAGUGCCGAGCACAGAUGGAGUAUUUCCCCUUUCUCUUCUGCAUGACAGACUUCUAUAAUCAAUGUUGAUUCCCCCCCCCCUUUUCAAAUCUGGAUAGAAUUUCAAAAUGAUCAGCACAGAACUAACUCAAGGCAGCCACUGCUUAGUUAUGUGAAGUGAAAACUGCCUGCCAUCUCCUGCCACUUGAACCUUCAUCCAUUAUGCCCCUAGCACUUUGCACAUUGGGCCACCUGUGGCCAGGUUGAGGAUGGGGGAGGGGUUCUGCUUUGUAUCCAGAAGUUGUCAAAAACAGGUUGGACACCAAAGUCUGCAUCACUCUGUGAUGUACCCCAUCCUGUAUCUUGGGGUCUGUGAGGGAGGGAGUGACAGGCAGCAAUUAAGCUAAGCUGGAUGGGAAGGUUCCAGGAAACCACUGUUCUCUUUGGAGCUGCUGGCAACUGGAGUGUUUAUUUGAUUUCUGACUUGCUAAGCCUAUAAUUUACCUUCUGGAGCAGACAGAGUCCAGCUGCCCGUAUCCUGAAAUACCGAGUCAUUAAAAGCAGAUCCUGGGCCCACCCCUACCCGCAGGCUGAGGCAGAGCACUGGGGCACAGGGAUGAGCACCUCUAGAGACUACUCUGCAGCCCUGAGGGCUCUGGAGGGCAGGGCAGAGGCGAAGAUCAUGCUGCAGAUAGCAAGCAGCUCCUUUGGCAGCCCUUCACCUGGACCUGGGGGUUGGGGAACCCAAAGAACAGGUGCAAAGGUGGAGACCCACCUCAUAUAUGCAGAGGAUGGGCCCAGACUGUGUGUGUCCUUGAGCCUAGGGGUGUGUGUCCUUGAGCAUGGCACCAUGCUCAGCCAGGUGCACCGCCACCUGGGCCCUUGUUUGCUUUUUUAAAAAUUUUAUUAUCAUUUUAUGUGACAGGACAGAUACUGAGAGGGGAGGUAGAGAGAGAGACACACAUGCAGCACUGCCUCACUGCUUGCGGAGCUUUUCCCUACAGGAGGGGACUGCUAGAACCUAGAGCGUGUAAAUGGGUGCACUCAACCAGGUGCACCACUGCCCAACCCCCUGGCCUAGAUGUUAAGAGACCUAAUUUGCAGCUGCCUUCAGUCAGGCCAUCUGCCUAUUCUUUUAAACAGUUAAAGGUGCACUAGGACUCUCAUAUAACCUGAAAGUUUGUAGAAAUGAAGUAUCCCUCUCCACCACACUGCACAGCAGGAAUCAACAGGAGUUGUGGUCCUCUUACAGGAGGAAAAUAGGCAUCAUCACCUAUUUGCCUAGCUGUCUCUUUGAAAAGCUCAAGCCAUCCAGUUACCAAGUAAACAAGCCCUGAACAGAGAGCCAACUGAAUGGAUACAAAACUGGUGUAUUGUCUUCAUGAAUUAUCUCUCUGCUGAGCUGAGCAGGGCUGCUGCAGCAAUGCCCAGGCUGGCAGGUAUACAGCAAAGAUGUCACCAUUUCCUUUUCUCUUAUUCAGGAUGUGGCCUGCACCAGAAUAGAAAGAUAAAUAAAAGUGGUCAGUUCAGACCCACUGACAGUAAGGAGAAAUUGAUGACAGUUGACAGGAAGGGAAGACACAUGGGGAGAAAAAAAAACAAGGUGCCAAACAGUCUCAGUAACUUUGGUGCCACCCUAAACUAAGAGGAAGUUAUCAGAAUGCUAGUAUUUACUGUUUUAUAAGAAGCAGUAUAAUAAGAAUACAGUUUUUCAGAGCCAAAUGGGUUUGAAUCUUGAUUAUUAUUCUUCAAAUAACAGGGCAUUGGUCCUUUCCUAUUCAAUAGGACUUACUAUAAAAGAUUAGAUAUGUUCACAUUUAGAAAGCUUGGUAACUAAGUGCUUAACAGUUUGUUCCCACUGGUAUUAAUCUGGAGCCUGGUCUGAGCUUUUCCACUGAAGCUCCUCUGAGAAAAUGGACUCUCUGGGUUAUAGUCUAUUUAAUUUCAGAGCCUUGCCUUUCCCUUUAAAAAUCUACACGCUGCAGGGGGCCAGGAGAUGGCGCACCUGGUUAAGCGCACACAUUACAGUGCACAAGGACCCAGGUUCAAACCCCUGGUCCCCACCUGCAGGGGGAAAGCUUCAUGAGUGGUGAAGCAGGGCUGCAGGUGUCUCUCUGUCCCUUUCCCUCUCCUCUCAAUUUCUCUCUGUCUCUAUCCAAUAAUAAAUAAAUAAAUUUAAAAAAAAAAGAAAAACAAUUAAAAUCUACACGCUGCAACUCUGCGGGUAGCUUGAAUUCUCACCUGCUUUAAAAGUCAAAGGCAAGUUAAGAGCUUGGUUCUGAGGGUGGUGAGGCGGUGAGCCUUCAUGUAGUACUUCCAAGAGAUGCAGGGCCCCUCUGGGCUAGUUGGGACCCAUCAGCCACCACUUUCUGCCAUUUGAAAAGGGAAUUAUAUUGGGUUUUCUUAUCUAUGAGAGGCCAUAUACAACCAGCUUAAAAAAAAAUAAAGUUCUUUUUUUUUUUUUUUUUUUUUUACUUAUUUACUAUAAAAAUAA